AUCCACUGCCUGUGUCUAGCGCUGAGCCAUGGGAAGAAAGCUGGACCUGUCAGGCCUGACAGAUGAUGAGACAGAGCACGUUCUCCAGGUGGUGCAGAGAGACUUCAAUCUCCGCAAAAAGGAGGAGGAACGUCUCAGUGAGAUGAAGCGGAAGCUGGAGGAGGAGGGCAGCAAGUGCAGCAUCCUCGCCAAGCACCAGAAGUUCGUGGAGCAUUGCUGCAUGCGCUGCUGCGCGCCCUUCACCUUCCUUGUCAACACCCGGCGCUGCUGCAGGGACUGCAGUUUCAACGUCUGCAAGGGCUGCAGCUCCUUCCUCAAGCACGAGAAGGCCUGGGUCUGCUGUGUGUGCCAGCAAGCCAGGCUUCUGAGGACGCAGUCCCUGGAAUGGUUCUACAGUAAUGUGAAGAGCCGCUUCAAGCGCUUCGGCAGUGCCAAGGUCCUCAAGAACCUGUACCGGAAGCACCGGCUGGAGUCUGGCGCGUGCUUUGACAUCCUAGGAGGAGGCUUUAUUGAGCCCCACCUGGAGAAUGAAGGUAGCAUCUCGGGCAGUGACUCUACUUUUUACCGGCAGUCAGAAGGGCACAGCAUGGUGGACACUUUGGCCGUGGCCCUGCGUGUGGCAGAGGAAGCCAUCGAGGAAGCCAUCUCCAAGGCAGAAGCCCACGGGGACAGUCUGGACAAGCAGAAUGAGGCCACGUACCUGCGGGACCACCGAGAGGAGCUCACUGAGGAGCUGGCUGCCACAAUCCUGCAGAAGAUCAUAAAGAAACAGAAGAGCAGGAACGAGCGGCCCACGGAGGAAGACCUCGAGUGGCCACAGCCACAAGACCACAGGCUGAAGACAAAGGAUGAGGGCAGCACUGCACAUCUGGGAGGCCACCGCACACCAGCUGCACUCUGGAGGUCCCAGUCUGCGUUCUCGUUCCCCGGAGGAGACACCAAGAAGACCACUCCCCUAGAGGCAGCGACGAGGCAGAGUCCAGCAGAGCCGGAUGCCCUGCCCAGCUGGAGGAGCGUGGGUGGGCUGGACCUAGCAAGUACAGCCACAGUUCUCCAGAGCCCUGACGGGAACUGGGUGGCCCUAAAAGACGGAGCGGUGCCCCCUGCACGCCUGCUGCCCCCACGGAAGAACGCCACGCUGCGGGCCCCGGAGGCACCAUCCUCAGUGGCGUCUGCAUACGAGGAGCUGGGCUCGGACAGUGAGGAGGACUUCAGCUGGAGUGUGGCCUUGAGCAAGCUGUGCCUGCAGCCCCAGGGCGAUGCCUGCGGACCCCCAGGCCCCUCGCCUUCCCCGGGAGCCUCCCCUAACCCCGAGGCCAUGGGCUCCGACUCCGAGACGUCCUCCGCUGGCUCUUCCCGGGAUGUGAGACGCCGGGCCAAGCUCUCCUGGCUUCCCAGAAAGGGCCCGUGCAGCCCCACCACAGAAAGGCUGCACCUGCAGGAAGAGCUGGACGUCAACUUCAACCCGCAGGCUGCCAGUGGGGACACCUCAGACAGCAGCGAGCCCGAAGAGGCCCCCCACGCAGUGGACCGGCGGGCCGGGCGGUGGCACAGGACGCUCCUGGACCCCGAGGAGCAGUGCGCCAACACCUACGCCCCAGACCUGCGCAUGCGCCAGGUGCCCAGUGACGUAUCGGAGACGGACCUCAGCAGUGAGGCUGCAGACUCCCGGACCCUCAUGGACACAGGAGAGGAGAAGCGGAGGAGCCGACUGCACGAGUUAGCCAUGAAGAUGAGCGAGAAGGACACAUCUUCCGGGGAGGACCCCGAGUCAGAGCCCAAGACCAAGCCUGGGAGCCAGAGGGAGGGCGCGUCCUCAGCGGAGAACACCCGAAGUGUCCAGGAUGAGCUGAGGAAGAAGUUCUCUGCCGUCUCUCUCUGCAACAUCUCCACAGAAGUCCUGCGAGUCAUCACAGCCACUGAGGAGCUGAUCGCGGAGUCCACGGGGCCCUGGGGGCUCCCGCCCGCACCCACGGGCAGGGAGGAGAGGCCGCUUCCUCUCGGGACAGACCGGGCGAGGCUGGAGGAGCAGCUGACCUCCCUGGAGGAGAGUGUGUAUCUGACGGCAGGCACGGUGUACGGGCUGGAGGGACAGCUUGCCGAGCUGGAGGGCGCCGCCCGCAGCAUCCACAGCAGCACCCAGGACACUGAGCUGGCCGGGCUGGAGGACCAGGUGGCCACGGCUGCCGCGCAGGUGCACCACGCGGAGCUGCAGAUUUCAGAUAUCGAGAGCCGGAUUUCAGCCCUCACCAUCGCAGGCUUGAACAUAGCACCUUGUGUGCGGCUCAGGAGGAAGCGGGACCAGAGGUACGGAAACCAGGUGCAAACCAUAGACACCUCCAGGCAGCAGAGGAGGAAGCUACCUGCUCCACCCGUGAGAGUUGAAAACGUUGAAGCCUCUUCGGUGACCACCGUUAAAACAUUUAACCGCAACUUCCUUCUCCAAGGCCCCUCGGCAAGCAGGCCCACAGAGAGCGGCCCGCGGGAUCUGAUGGAGCCGGCCCUGGAGACUGCUGGGAUGUACUGACACCGUGGAGCACACUGCCAGUGACCACUGCCCGGCCCACACGACAGUGCCUUGACCAACAGCCGUGAGCCCUCACAGGUCCACCCAGGGAGGCCCAGGAGGCCGUAGUAAGGCAACACAGGGUUGCAAGCCCUCGCCCAAGGCUGCCGUGGACCCAGCCACUGCCUGCUGCUCAGCCCCAGGCCCUGGCCUCCACUGUGCUCUCUGCUGGAGAGACGUCCUCCACUGUCCGCUUUGCUCUGUGUUGUCUUUGAGAUCUUCUUCCCCUUGUCCUUCAGUUCAGUAGAAUUCUGUGUCCUUGACUGUCCUAUGAAAAGUUGUUGGAGGGGAUAAAGGUGGGCAUUGUCCCUUGACUCAUUGCCAGUGCUUACUCACCUGCCACAGACAGCGUGGUCCAACAAAUGUCAGGGCAAGUGAGGGGCUCCAGUGGGGAACCCAGAGCCAGGAGACAUGCAGCCAUGUGCUGUGACAGCGUGGCCUCCCAGCCACCUCCCUGGAGGCUGUGAGUGCCACAGGGCUUGCUAAGCUGCUCCCAGUUAUAGCUGAGAGCAAUGGCCUGACUUGCCCCCAUGCCUGCCGUGGAUCCAGAACGUGUUCUGCUGAGAUUUGGGUUCUUCCAGGACCUCGGGACAUAGCUCACAGACAGUGCCAUUAGCCCAUCCCUAGUGCCCUGUCCGGGUCACCACAGCACAGUGGGUGUAGCCCUGGCCAUACCCAAAAGAGGUCAGGUAAACGACACAGAACCAACAUGAGAACAGUUUGUCCUCCCAAAUUUAUGUCCCAGUUAAUGUUCAGAAAGGUAACAAAAUGAUCUUCAAGACAAAAAUAGGUGAAGGAACAAUACCUCUUGAGAAACAUUGUUAGGGAGAAAAAAGGACCCUGUGAAUGCAACAGGCCCAUGGAGGGACAGUGUGGUCUGUCUGCACUGGCUCAGAUGCAUGCGGACAUGGUGCAUUCUCCCGAGCAAAUGGAAUUGCACUCAAUUAGCUGGGUGCUGGCAAGUUUUCAACGCUUGCUCCUGCCAUACAGUGGCUCUAGAGAAGGCAGAGAAGGGCGAAGGAGCAGGGAGCCAGUGCUGACCCGGCGCAGUGGGCAGGAGGCAGCGUUCUCGCUUUGACCCUUAACCCUCUGUAGCAGGUAAACCCACUUCUCAGAUCUGAAAACAGAAGCCCAAGGAGGCCAGUUUUUCUCAGUGUCACAGCUAUGGGCUCAGUAGCUGGAAUGCCUCACAACAAGGCACAAAGCCUGGCUCUUUUUCACACUCUGUUCUUUUGCCCCGCGGUGUGUCCCCAGACCUGAGCUGCUGCUGGUGCCAAUGUUCACCUCACCAGGCCUGCCGUCCGCUGAGAACGAUUCAUGUCCAUGCUGCGUGUGCUGUGGCCGAGGGGCCUCUUUGAACACGUAGACUUUCAGCUCUUUGUUCCAUUGCUGUGGUUCAAAGCAAAGCAAAGCAAAACAAGAUACUAAUUUUUAAAACACAACAACAAAAAAACCCCACAACAACAACAAGAAAAGAUCUGACUUCCAAAAAGAACAUUUUCUUUAAGAGGCAUGAAAAUCAACUCUUGUUGUGUUACAGUGUUAAAAUACUCAGUUUUCUUGACAAAAAAAAA